UUAGAAUGAGAAUCCUGAGUUAAGAUCAUAUAAUCUCUUUUGUGUACAUCAAUAUCUAUCACGCAGUGCAUGCGCAUUUGCUUGCAACUCAAUUAAGUUGUGGGCAGCCAUGGAGGCAACGGCGCUGAGUUUGGCCAAGGUCACCCUCGAGACGCUGCUGCCGGUGGCCAAGAACGCCCUGGCCGAUGAGGUCAUACUCCUGCUCGGCGUCCACGAGGAGGUGUCCUUCAUUACCAACGAGCUGGAGAUGAUGCAAGCCUUCCUGCGGGCGGCUGGCGCAGAUCACCGGGCCAGCAACGAGGUCGCCAGGAUAUGGGUGAAGCAGGUCCGUGACCUGGCGUACGACGUUGAGGAUUGCCUCCAGGAGUACCUCGCCCUCGACCUUGGCUCCGCCGUGGGAUUGGGAUGCGACGGCCUGCCGCCUUGGGCACGGUGGCUCAGGGCGUGUACUGCAGUGCCGUCUCCCGGCCGGCUGAGAACCAAGCACCAGAUCGCCGUCCGGAUAAAGCAAGUGAAAGGCAGGGUGGAAGAGAUCAGCAAAAGAAACCUCCGCUACAGCAUCAUCGCCCAGCCAGCCGGCCCUGCCGCCGUCCACGACAUCGCCAUCGAACACCAAGUUGUCGACGCCGAGAAUUUUGCGGCCGGCAUCGCCACCGAGGAGUCGGACCUCGUCGGGCGUGACCGACAUCGGGCGGAGCUGGUCGACCACCUCGUGAGCUUGCCGGUCAGCGGCGAGCCGCUCCAGGUGUUGGCUCUCUGGGGCAUGGGUGGCGUCGGCAAGACGGUGCUCGCCAGGGAUGUGCUGAGAAGCCCGAGAGUGAGGCAGGCAUUCCAGCUCCGGCCCUGGGUCACCGUGCCACACCCCCUGGUCAUGGACGAAUUCAUCGCGAGCUUGGCGAGCCAGCUGGAAAUGGUGGAGGCCGAGCCGGGCUCGCUCGUGCCCUUGCACACCAAAGCCAUGCGCCACCUUCGUGACCGGAAGUACGCGAUGGUUGUGGACGACGUGCUGACCAUUGCCGAGUGGGAGAAGAUCAAGCAGGCUCUCCCGGACAGCAGCACGGGGAGCUGCGUCGUCGUGACGACGAGGGACGAGGCCGUCGCCAUGCACUGCUCGACAUCGCCCGGGCAUGUGCGCCAGCUCAACUAUCUCUCACACGCGGAGUCUUUCCAGCUCCUCUGCAAGAAGGUGCCACUGCAGGAGGGGGGCCCACUGAUGCCCAUGGUGGAUCCCAUCCUCGAGAGAUGCCGUGGGCUGCCUCUCGCGAUUGCCGCCGUCGGGAAGCUGCUGGCUACGAUGAAGACGCCGGCGGAGUGGAACAAGCUGCAUGAUCACCUCGGGUCGGAGCUGAAGGGCAACCCGCGGCUUGAAGAGAUCACUAAUGUCCUCACAUCCAGCUAUGAGGGGCUGCCGUAUCACCUCAAGUCCUGCUUCCUCUACCUCAGCAUCUUUCCCAAGUACCGUGAGCUUCGCCAGACCCGGGUGUCGUGGCGGUGGAUGGCCGAGGGGCUCGUGCGGCCGGAGAGUUCAUCUGGCAUGGACCCCGAGGACAUCGGGGAGAACUACUUCAACCAGCUCAUCAGCAGGAGCAUGAUCCAACCAGCCACCACCUGGGUCAACCUCCACGACAGGAUCAACACGGCCCAGGUUCAUGACAUGAUGCGAGAGAUCAUCCUGGCUAAGGCCACUGAGGAGAACCAACUGUUCAUUCUCAACGCCCGCCUUCCGUCGAGGCUCCCACGGGAGAAGAUCCGGCACUUGGUACUCACCAGCGACGACUACUGUCGCUGGCCGGCUCGCAGCGACACCACUGCUAUUCUGGACGGCAUUCGCAACAUGUGGCAGGUCCGGUCACUGACCGUCAAUGGAGAGUGCCCACCGCGCCUAAUUAUUCCCUCCAAGAUGAAGAUGCUUCGAGUCCUCGACCUGGAGGACAGCACCAACGCCACGGAUGAGCACCUCUCGGGUAUCGGCGAGCUUCUCCAACUCAAGUAUCUGGGGCUCAGAAAGACAGGCAUCACCAAGCUACCGGAGUCACUGGGAAGGCUCAAGUUCCUACGGUCACUGGACGUCCGAGGCACCAAGGUCACCACAAUCCCACAAGGUGUUACCAAGCUUGAGAGGCUGCGGCACCUUAUGGCCGGGAACGGCAUGCUGCAUGAUGAUGACAACACCAUCAGCUCCUUGCCGUCCAGGCCAUGCUUCUCCUGGAGGGCAAUGAGCAGCAUCAGUGCCAGAAAACUAGCCAGAAAACUUACCGUGAGUAGUAGUAUUGGAAAACACAGCGGUGUAUGGCUUCCUGAUGGCUUUGGGAGGCUGAAAAGCAUGCAUAAUCUUGGCACGGUGGAUGUCGGGAAUGAUGGCCAGCGCAUACUCAAGGACAUAAGCAAGUUGGCUGGCCUGACCAACCUUGAAAUUACUGAGCUCACUGACAGAGAUGGCCCUGAAUUUUGCAACAUGAUCCAUGAGCUCGUCAGUCUUAGGGACCUGGAAGUGCGCUCUAGGUCGGGCAGGAGCAGGCUUCCCUCGUGGAUUGGGCACCUCCAAGACAUCACCAAGAUCAAGCUGCUGGCCACAGAGCUGGAGCAAGAUGCGAUCGAGAUGCUCGGUGAUCUCCCAAACCUGACUGGUCUGCAUCUCUGGAGGAUGUCCUACAUAGGGCGAGAACUGCGCUUUGGCACCGGAAAAUUUCCCAAGCUCAAGCUCAUGGACAUCAACCGCCUGGAAGACCUGGUGUCAUUGGUAAUCGAAGGAGCAUCGACACCGCAGCUCGAGUGGCUGUGGCUCAAACAGUGCUGUAGGUUGAGUGACGAUGAGAACGGCAUUGUUGGCGUGCCACUCCUGCACCGAUUGAGAGAACUUCAGAUCAUGUUCUGCGGUGACAAGCCCAACAAGCUUGUGGACCUGCUACAGAAACAGCUAGGAGACCACCAAAAUCGCCCACUUUUUGAGUGUUUUUGAAAUGUAAAGAUUUUUUUUUCAUUUGCUUGCAGGCGUACACACUAACCCCCGUCCCGUACACACUCGAUCCAGAUGUAAUCUACAACUAUGCAAUGUUAUCAGAUCAUCCGACUAAUCAUGAUUAGUCAACUAAUCA